UUUGGCGAACCUCACACGUGACUCCCUGGGCCCUUCACCCCUCCUGCCGCCGCGGGCGCUGCGGAAGCUGCGGGCGGAGGACGCUCGGCUGCCGCGGGAGGAGUAAGGGAGGAGGGCGGAACUUGUAAAGGGAGGGGCCAUCACCAGCACCAAGUCUGCCACCGCCGGACCCGCGCCCCCGAAGCCCACCCCCACCAAGAUCGCGCCUCCGACCGGCGGGAGGGGCGCGCAGGGGAGGGGACGCUGUGCAAUAAACCGGGCGGGGAGAGGGAGGCAGGGGAGGGAGUCCUGGCUCUGAAGGGGGCAGGAUUGGGUCUGGAGGAUGGUCUGGCUUGAUUCAGACUCCUGCACCCGACAACGCCACGGAGUGAGGGGAGAGGGAGAGAGAGAAGGUGGCAGUGUGUGUGCGCGCGUGUACGUGUGUGUGUGCGUGUCUACAGGUAGCAGUGGCGGCGGCGGCGGCGGCGGCGGGGACCGGAGCAGGGGACGCAUCUGCAGCCACCUCCCCGCCUAUGAUUUUCGGAGGCGAUUGCUCACUUAGCUGAGGAUCUGUAGCCCCGGGAGAUCUUCUCAUCCUCUCCAUUUCCAAGCUUCAUAGGUGUCUUCCAGUUUCAAGUGUGUGUUUUGGGUAUUUUAUUUUUAAUUUUUUUCCUUCUCCCUCUAAAUCUUCUCGGAAAUUCUGCAUAUUGAAGCAGGUGGCUCCUGGUACGAAAUCUCUGGAUACAUUUGGCUUGCCAAGUUUUGCUCUUCGCUGUCCCCUCCCGCUUACAGAAGCAUCUGUGGUGCUUUUCAUUUUGGAUUUACAUGCAGGAAACGUAUAUAUGUUUAUAUACCGACCGCAUAAUAUAUAAAUACAUAUACGCGUGCCCAAGCGCCUGGUUUUCGUCUCUCCUCCCCACGAAGCGGAAUGUUUUGGAGCCGAUGGAUAACAAGAACACUAUUAACAUUCUUUUGAGCCUGUUUUUUAAAAGGGGGAGGGAGCGUGAAGAAUUGUUUAACAUUCGGCCAUCGUUUGGCUGCACACUAAGCACCACGAAGUAUUUAUGGUUGCAGAUCAGGUGCAAACGGGGCUUAGAGAGAAAGGUAAGGGAGCUUCCUGCGUCCGCCGAGCUCCGGCGUUUACCUUAAUCCCGGGGAUUGCCGAGAACUUCCUAUUCCCUGCCUCUCCUUCGCCUUCCCCACCUUCCACCCACCCUUCUCUGCUCUCUCUCUUCUGUAAACUCAACCCUUUUCCAAUCCCAUUGGGGUGGGGGUGGGGGGGGGGGUGCUGGAGGUAUAAUCGUCUAUUAGAGUUUAAAUGUGUCUCUCUUUCCCAGGCUAGUAACUGAGUUUUCCAAUAGCCUUUCUGGCGGUUUUAGGAAAUUGUGUCCUUUAUAAAAAAUAAUGCUACCUAAAUAAGUGUUUUAAACAUCUGAAGAUGCCAGUCCCUCACCCUAUCCUCUGAUGAAAAUAAAAGCAAUAAAAAAUAAUGAACUUUAAUAAACUGGGUGGUUUUUUUUUAAGCGUUGGGGUUCAUGGAAGCUCCCAAACGCUUUUUUUUAUUUAAAAAGAAAGAACCAGCAAACAAACCAAUAUCUCAGGAGGACUCCACAGUGGAGGAGAUUCGCCUUCCGUUUCUGCAUAAAACCAAUACAUUUUACUUGGAGGGUAAUUUGCCAGAGUUGAGCGAGACGAAGCCGUGUCUAAAUAAGUACAUGACACUAAAUUUCCUUUUAAAUCCACCUUUUACACCAUGGCCAGUCGCUUGUUUAACUCCCGUUCAAGGGACACGGUUUUCAAACGUGACCUUUUGGGGAGAUGUGGUAACUUCCCCUCAUUUCUUCUUCUGUGCCUCUAACCUCUUUCCUCCUCCGCGCGGCAUCUCCAGCCCCGGCAGUUUGUAAAUUGCCCGUUUUGCCCACCCUCCUGGUGGGCGUUCUCUCCCCCACUCCACUCCUGCCCCCUCUGUCCUUUCUUCAUUGGCGUCUUCGGAGCAGAUGCAUCUUCUUUCUUCUUGGGCUCACUCUCCCGUUCCCCCGUCAGUCCCCCCAUCCGCGGCUCCCCACUUGCCCCAGCUCUCCUCGCCGCUCCUCCCCGCCUCCCCGCGGAGGGUUGACCCUUCAAUUCCGAGUCCCGGCCUGUGGGCGGGCGGGGGAGCGCCGCGGCUGUAAGCCGAGGAUCAGGCGGCGGCGCGGAGAGCGCGCCCGGGCGGCCAGCGCCGAGCGCGCGGAGCUGGCGUGGGGAGACACGGCAGGAAAGGCGAGCCGGAGUGGGUGAUGAGAGGCCGGGAGAGCCCGUCCGAGCCGGAGAAACCGGAGAGAAGGGAGCGAGCGAGUGUGCGGCGCGCACGCUGCCAGAGCCCGGGCGGAGUGCAGUCGCCUCCAAAGCCUUAGAGCGGCGCCCCAGUCACUGCAGCUCUUCACCCUAGAGCUGUGCCCUGGGACCACAGAGACCAAGAGCAUGGAAAUCGGCUGAGAGGUACAAAAGAAAUAAGGAACAGAUUACGAGAAAGCGGGGAGGGUUUCCUGGCGAAAUACGGAGGCUGAGCAGAUGGAGGAACAAUGCCGCCUCCAGAAGAAAACCCUUGCCUGAACCCUCGGCGGAGCGCAGAGGAGCUGCUUUCAGCCUUCUGCUCUCCCCAGGCCCUCCGGCUAGUUCUGGGGUUGGUUCCGCCGGUUAGUUUGACAGGGAUAAGAAAGUUGCUCUUCUUCCCCACAACGUUUCCUGCGAGGUGGUUUUCAGAUCUGUGUGUUUCCAGUCAAGAUGUCACUCCCUAGAUCCCCCGCGUUGAGCAACUAAUAUAUUAUGCAUUAUUGGGCAAUAAACUCUCCUGGGAAGAGAAGGUAUUCCAAACAUUUAAACUGUUCUCCACCGACUCCUGCCCGCCUCAACACAAUGCCUUUUCUCAACAAGCAGUUUAGCAGUAUGAAGACAAAUCUCUCCCGGAAAAAGUAGAAUGGAAAGAAGCUUGAUGCUACGCAUAGUACACUGGGAUUGAAGUUGGAUGAUGUAGAUAUAAGUUGACAUAGACCUGUGAAGCUUGAGGCCACUCAAGUUCCAAAUUUGUGACAAAUCCCCCAGGGCUCACUGGAGUGGCAGAUACAGACCUGCAGCUAACUGGAUUUGAUUUAUAAGAGAGAAAUCUGCAGUCAAUGCCCACUCUUGCCACACUGCUAAUAUGGAAAACAGAAUGUUCAGUAGGAUAUGGUCUGAUAAAUAGUGAUGAUUGAAGAUGCUGCUCCAAUACAUGUGAAAUCAAUGGGAGAUAUCUGCUGUCUGAAGAUCUUUCAGAGCUUUUCUCGACAAGCUCCCCUGUAAGAAAUCGGAGGUAUAUUCUACCAUUAUACAGUCUUUCUCAAGUGGAUAUAAAUACAUUUGCCUCACUGUAACCAGACAACUAGACAACUAAUGUGGGACCAUGGCACUGCCCAGAUGCAUGUGGCCAAAUUAUGUUUGGAGAGCAGUGAUGGCAUGCUUGGUACACCGGGGAUUGGGUGCCCCAUUGACUCUCUGUAUGUUGGGAUGUUUGCUUCAGGCUGGCCAUGUGCUAUCACAAAAAUUGGAUGAUGUGGACCCACUGGUGACUACCAACUUUGGAAAGAUAAGAGGGAUUAAGAAGGAACUCAAUAAUGAAAUUUUGGGGCCUGUUAUUCAAUUUCUUGGGGUUCCAUAUGCAGCCCCACCAACAGGGGAACGUCGUUUUCAGCCUCCAGAACCACCGUCUCCCUGGUCAGAUAUCAGAAAUGCCACUCAAUUUGCUCCUGUGUGUCCCCAGAAUAUCAUUGAUGGCAGAUUGCCAGAAGUCAUGCUUCCUGUGUGGUUUACUAAUAACUUGGAUGUGGUUUCAUCAUAUGUGCAAGACCAGAGCGAAGACUGCCUAUAUUUAAAUAUAUAUGUCCCAACUGAGGAUGGUCCCCUUACAAAGAAACAGACAGAUGAUUUAGGUGAUAAUGACGGUGCUGAAGAUGAAGAUAUUCGGGACAGUGGGGGUCCCAAACCAGUGAUGGUGUAUAUCCAUGGUGGCUCAUAUAUGGAAGGUACUGGAAAUUUAUAUGAUGGAAGUGUCUUGGCAAGUUAUGGCAAUGUGAUCGUCAUCACGGUCAACUAUCGACUUGGAGUACUUGGUUUCUUGAGUACAGGCGAUCAGGCCGCAAAGGGGAACUAUGGACUCCUUGAUCUCAUACAAGCUUUAAGAUGGACUAGUGAAAACAUUGGAUUCUUUGGUGGUGACCCCUUAAGAAUCACUGUUUUUGGAUCUGGUGCUGGGGGUUCAUGUGUCAACCUGCUGACUUUAUCCCAUUAUUCUGAAGGUAACCGUUGGAGCAAUUCAACCAAAGGACUUUUUCAACGAGCAAUAGCUCAAAGUGGAACAGCCCUUUCCAGCUGGGCUGUUAGUUUUCAACCUGCAAAAUACGCUAGAAUGUUGGCCACAAAAGUUGGUUGCAAUGUUUCAGAUACAGUAGAGUUAGUGGAAUGCCUACAGAAGAAGCCUUACAAAGAACUUGUUGACCAAGAUAUUCAACCAGCUCGAUACCACAUAGCCUUUGGACCUGUGAUUGAUGGUGAUGUAAUACCAGACGACCCUCAGAUAUUGAUGGAGCAAGGAGAGUUUCUCAACUAUGAUAUAAUGUUAGGAGUGAACCAAGGGGAAGGGUUAAAAUUUGUUGAAAAUAUAGUAGAUAGCGAUGAUGGUAUAUCAGCUAGUGAUUUUGACUUUGCUGUUUCAAAUUUUGUUGAUAAUUUAUAUGGAUAUCCUGAAGGCAAAGAUGUUUUGAGAGAAACCAUUAAGUUCAUGUAUACUGACUGGGCUGACCGUCAUAACCCUGAAACCAGAAGAAAGACAUUAUUGGCUUUGUUUACGGACCAUCAGUGGGUGGCACCGGCUGUAGCCACAGCGGAUCUUCACUCAAACUUUGGUUCACCUACAUACUUCUAUGCCUUUUACCAUCAUUGCCAAACAGAUCAGGUUCCAGCUUGGGCUGAUGCAGCCCACGGAGACGAGGUCCCCUAUGUACUGGGAAUCCCCAUGAUUGGCCCUACAGAGUUAUUUCCUUGCAAUUUCUCCAAAAAUGAUGUGAUGCUGAGUGCAGUUGUAAUGACAUACUGGACAAAUUUUGCUAAAACUGGUGACCCAAAUCAACCAGUCCCUCAAGACACGAAAUUCAUUCAUACCAAACCCAACCGUUUUGAAGAAGUAGCAUGGACCAGAUAUUCCCAGAAAGACCAACUUUAUCUCCAUAUUGGAUUAAAACCAAGAGUUAAAGAACAUUACAGAGCCAAUAAGGUGAACCUCUGGUUGGAGUUGGUACCUCAUCUGCAUAAUCUCAAUGACAUUUCUCAGUAUACCUCUACAACAACUAAAGUGCCAUCAACUGACAUCACUUUCAGACCUACGAGAAAAAAUUCUGUACCUGUCACGUCAGCCUUUCCCACUGCCAAGCAGGAUGAUCCCAAACAACAACCAAGUCCAUUUUCAGUGGAUCAAAGGGACUACUCAACAGAGCUGAGUGUCACUAUUGCAGUUGGAGCAUCACUGCUGUUUCUGAACAUCUUGGCCUUUGCAGCCCUGUACUACAAAAAGGAUAAGAGGAGACAUGAUGUUCACAGGAGAUGCAGCCCUCAGCGCACUACCACCAAUGAUCUAACCCAUGCACAAGAAGAGGAAAUCAUGUCCCUCCAAAUGAAGCACACUGAUUUGGAUCAUGAAUGUGAGUCCAUCCAUCCACAUGAGGUGGUUCUUCGGACCGCCUGUCCCCCAGAUUACACACUAGCUAUGAGGAGGUCACCUGAUGAUGUUCCCUUAAUGACACCCAACACCAUUACAAUGAUUCCCAACACUAUACCAGGGAUUCAGCCCUUACACACAUUCAAUACAUUUACUGGAGGACAGAACAAUACUCUGCCCCAUCCCCAUCCCCACCCCCAUUCACAUUCAACAACCAGGGUAUAGCCAGAUAAGAGAAACAAACUAUUUUUUUUGAUGGAUUGCAGUAAACGAUUACUGAAGAUUCCUUGGCUUUCAACCUACAAGACUUACUAUUUAAAUAAGGAGGAAUAUUAUGUGAAUAUACAUAUCAAGAACUUUGGGGGUUUUGAAAAAAAUGAAUUGUAUAUAUACAAAUCAACUUUAAAAACAAAUUUCAAUUGCUCGAAGCAAUUGUUCUGAAUGAUACUUUUUCAUUCACAUUCAAGAAUUAAUUUUUUGAAGAUUUAAGUUACAUAAUGGAAUUAGGCAUGUGGAACACCAAACAGGAAAGAACUAUGUCUGAAAUAUAAAAAUAAAAAUAAAAAAACAACUAUGAAUAUGCACAAGGGACACACCAGUGGAAUGUCAGAUAAUUUUCACCAGUUUUUAUUUGGAGCCGUUUUAUUGUGUAGACCAUAUUUACAUAUUUGGAUAAGUACACAAAGCGUCAAUGCUGUUAAUGGCCUUAGCAAAGGCUCAUGCUGAAAUUUGCCAGUAAAACAAAGAAGUUUAAAGACUGGCAGGUACACCAUUAUCACAUAAGUGCUGUCAGUAUAAAGUUGUGGGGAUAAAGGAAACUGGAUAUUUUUAGCACGAUGUGCAUGAUAAUUUAUAUGCUUGGUGGCUGUGCUGCUGAUUAAGCCGUAAUUAAAAUUCUUCUCAUCCCAUUGGAGUUUUUAAUAGAAGCUUCCUCCAUCAAUUGGCAGAACCUAAAGAAGAUUUUAAGGGGCAAAAGUAAUUACAAUAAAAUAAUUCACAGUAGUUUCAAUAUAGAAGGAAUUAGCUAUUAAAGGUAUUUGAAGAAACUAUAGAUAUAGUGGUGAAUACUCGCUGAUAUGAAUCCCAGAAAAAAAUCUCCUGUUUUUAAUGUUCUUUUCAAUCCCAUCUAGAUAAUUUAUAGAAAUAUAACCCUAAUUGGACAUGUGGUACAGGAUCUAUAAGUUGCUGUGUUUUUUUGUUACUCUGUAUUUUGUUCCUUUUGGUAAGGUGAAGUGUGUCCAAAGAGUUACUUGCAACAGUCUUUCAUGAUAUGAGGAUGCCCCAGUAUUACCACUCUGAUUAUAGUUCUGAGUUCUUUGAUUUACUCAUGCUGCAUGACAAAAUGUUUACUAAUAACAAUUCAUUAUAAAGUUAUGUCCCUCUUUACAUCACUUAUCUUUCUCACUGAGGUUCAUUCACUGGAAUUUACUCGCGCAAUCUCAGUAGAGUACAACGUAGAUACAGAACCUAGGAGAGUCAACAUCUGGAGGAUUUUAGUCUUACACAUAUGUGUGAUUUUAAACGAAUAUUCUCAGACCACAGGAAACUCUUCAUCCCCCGUUGUUUACCAGUAACAGUAUAUCACAGACCUUUCCAAAUGUUUGUAUAUGUAAUCAGAUGUACAUUUAUAUUGAAAAACAAAUGAGAUGGACUUAAAGAGCACAUCCUGAUAAAUACUUUCUCUCUUACCUGUACUAUAUUUCUAUUAGACUAAAGUUAUGUGAUUUUUUUUUUACAUUUUUUCAGAUGACUAGCAAUUUUGAUAGUUUAUAAGAUAAUGCAAAGAACUUUCUCUGACAAACUAACUGCAGUAACAGAAACCUUUCUUUUCAGUUACUCUUUUUCAAGAAUGAAAGAUUAUUAUACAAAAAAAUUGUAUACUACUUGAUGGAACCAACUUUGUACAUCUUGGCCAUGUCACUGGUCAUUGUGUGAAAUAAAGAUAAUCUGGAUAAUGACUAUUAGUCCAAUGCUAAGAAACAUGAUCUUUGCUCAUUAAAGAGCUAAAAUGUU